GGGGGCAGGGCGAAGCGAAGGCCGGGGGGGAUCGAGAACGGGGUGGGAGAGCCAGGCUCGGCGGGGCGAGGCCGAGGCCCAGGCCCGGGCGGGGGCAAUGGAGGAGGCGCUGCUUUCCACCCCCAUCAACCCCAACAACUUCCCGGCCAAGCUGUGGCGGUUGGUGAACAGCCCCCGGUACCGCUCGAUCCGCUGGGACGGCCGCGGCGAGGGGCUGCUCAUCGACCAGCCGCUCUUCGAGGCCGAGCUGCUCAGCCCGCCGGGGCCAGGGGCCGGCGGCGGUGGUGGUGGUGGCGGCGGCGGCGGCGGCGGUGGCCUUGGUGUUGGGGCUGCCGGGGCCGAGCCCGAGCUCUUCAAAACCACCAACUUCACCAGCUUCAUCCGCCAGCUCAACCUCUACGGCUUCCGCAAGGUGGUGCUGGGCGGCCCCGGCACCACGGGACCCGGGCCGGGGCCGGGCGGCGGCGGGCCGGCGGGCGACGGGCCACUCCACCACUUCCACAGCCCGCACUUCCGCCGCGACCAGCCGCAGCUGCUGGUGCACCUGAAGAGGCUCACCAGCGCCAACAAGGCCAAGCUGGCGGCCGGCCUGGAGGUGCCUUGCCGCCCGCCCAACCGCUUCCAGAGGCUCCUCAUCACCUCGGCCUCGGCCUCCGCCUCCUCCUCGGCCUCCACCUCCCCGCUGCAGCAGCAGGAGCCGCCGCCGCCGCCGCCACAGUCCGCGGGGCCCCGGCCCGAGCCACACGGACCAGUGGCUGUAGGACAGUUUCACCGGUCAUUCCGGCGAGAUAGUUUGUCUCCUUACUCCUACGUGACAACUUCAUCCCACAACCACAGUACUUUCCCUCUGAAAGGUUUAGAUCGGACCCCGAUUCCUCCUAGAACUUGGCAGAACUCCCUUGGAAUGCACCCUGGACAAGUGGAGACAUCUCCUACUUUUUCAGAUAAAGGGGUUCCAUUCCCUGUACUGCAGAGAUUUCCAACUGAGGUUACCUACACACUGCAGCCCAGCACCACGUCUGUACACGUUCAACAAGGUCCUCAAACGAUGGUCAGCUCCUCCCAAAAAUACAGUAGCUACACACCCUCUGCGCAGUACUCCCAAGCCUACUAUCCAACAGCUGUGCUACAGUGCUGUUCUCCUUCUACCCACAUGGACGCUCUGAGUAGUUGUGUCACUCCCACUGCCUCUUCCUAUGCACACUGUAACUACUUCCAGAAUCCUCCAAUGCAAUCCUCCUAUCCAGUUGAAUUUCUGCCUUCUAAUUGGUCUUGCAAUACUACUGAUGAGAACAAAAAGACAGAAGUAAACCUAGAGGCUGUCUUUCAGAUAGUAGAUGAGUUGCAUUCCUCCCCUAAACUGGAGAUGGUAAAGGUGGAGCCCGUUGAGAGUCAGUGCCCAGCAUCUCAGUCUAGCAGAGGCCAGCAUAUCCUCGCUAAUUCCAGCAACAGCAAUCCGUCUUCCACAAGCCAGGCUAGCCAGCUGGAGCCGCUUACUCCUGUGGGCUCAGAUAUUACCUCUUUUGUGGUUGGAACAGAACAAGCAAUUACCUGCUCUCUGCCACAGUCACCUGAGUACAUCUAUACCAUCCACACAGCUCAGCCUGUUGAAAAUAGCACGAUGCAGGAAUCUACAGCUAUCGAGCAAGCUCAUGUCAAACUGAAGGAGCAGCUAAGUCAUAAUCCAUCUCCAUCUUCUGUAGUAUUUGUACAGGAAGGGCUACCGUUCAGCACACACCAGGUGGAUGCCAGUAUAAAAUGCCAGACCAAUCCACCUGAGAGUAUCUUGCCUUCAGAACAGAUGGGAUUCCUCAUUUCAGAAAUGGGGCCUGCGAGCAAGCCUAGUAAAGACACAGGUUUAUCCACUCCAGCCAGAUACAGAGAGCGAAGAAGCAACUCCCAACAAGGAAAGUCCCCUGAUCUUCAUCUGCUGGUGGACGUGGCCUGCAAGCAGGAGCACUUUCCAAAGGAAGAAGAAUUAAAAGAGUGAGGAAUGGGUGACGAAUGUGACAUUGUGCACAAGCUAUAGCUGGAGGCAGACUAGCCUAGCACAUGACACACUGUUGGGAUUUUUUUCAGUUGUUAAGGAAAAGAAAGUAUUUUUUUGUUUUGUUUUGUUAAUUGAGAGUUUUGUUCAUUGAGAAUUGGGAAUUUGGUAUUUACUACAGCUGUUCAGUUCAGAUAAUUUACCUUGACAAACUACUAAACAUCUUGCAGCCAUGUUUUUUUGCUGCCCAGAUCCCUUCCAAAUGAAAAGUCCUGGCCUUCUGUUAUGGUCAAGAAGCGUUUGAAAACUGCUGCAUCUACGGUACUGGAGAGCAAUGUGUGUGUGUGCUGACUUGUGUUGCCACUCAAACUGCAGUCAGCACAGCUCCCGGGGAGUUCAGUCUCUGCUUCAAGUCACAGUGGGAUCCUUUCAGAGAGGACUGUGUGAGAAACAAAGACACGUGGGGUCACCAAGAUCACAGUUCUAAAUGGCUCAGAAACUCUAGGGAAGAAACUCUGGGAAAGAGCUAAUUUUCUGACUGAUUAACCAGGAAAUUCUCUUAUUUCCUAACCCAGCAUUCUGUUUCAAGAGCAAGGCGCCCGGAUUUGAACCAUCCAUCACACUUAACAGCUCUCGAUUCUUUUAUAUUAAUGGGAGCAUUCUUCUAUUUUCAUAUCUUUCUUUAAUUUUGUUGAAACAUUGUCGUAAAUGGUAAAGUUUGUUAAUAUGUCACAUACUUAAAUGUAAAGAAAAAUAUUUAACUUGUUUAAUAUAGCUGUAUUUAUAAAUGCUGGUAUUGUUAAUGGUUCUAAAACUUUAUAUUUUUAUUAAUAUUACAGGAUAGAAGGAUUAAGAUACAUAUUUAAUAUUUUUAUUUUGAAGGGCAAAUGUACAGUGUGUAAACAAAAACAUUAAGAGAUUUAACAGCGUUUUCUUAUUUUGGAUUUUUACACUCAGUAUAAAAUCCUCUCCUACAUAAGGUUUUGUGUGCAGAUUUGGGGGAAAACUGAUUAGCAGUCAUUUGGCAGAAGCUAUGUCUCUAAUUUUUUUUAAUAGUUUGUAGUUAGUUUAAGCUUCUGAGAGCAUUUUAGAUAGUGGGAUAGACUGUAACAUUUUUUUCUUCAUCCUUUCGAUAAGAUUCUGAAUUUGAGUAGUGAGAUUGUGGGGCUGUUGUUUGGGAGAGGCGUGCAUCUUGGAUGUCCAGUUUCUGUGGUUGAUUGCUACUUGCUCACCCAAUGACAGCAAGAAAUUUCUUAAUUUAAAGUCUUUUCAAUUGACUGUAACUUUCUUACUGGGUUCUGCCUCAGUUUUCCUAAUAAGCACUGCAGAAACAAAAGGAAAGCUUAGGAAUAUGUAAGCAAUGAAAAAGAAAAGGCACUUGGUGACAUGACUUUAUUGUGCCAGCUAUUGUGGGUUAACGAGUUGUUUCUUAAAUUGCAUUGUGCCUUCCCAAUGAUGUCAAACCCUAAAUGUGUUAACCAAAAUCUAUGUUUUCGUUUUGUUUUGUUUUUCUGUUUUUAUUUUUUUUGUAAACAGGUGAAUGCUGUGUUGGUCUGCAGUGACUCAGUUAAAUAGGAAUGUAGGUUCUGAAAAUCGACCUGUCUGAUCCGUCCAAUUAGACCAGUUGAUGUCCAUGUGAUGGGCAUUUAUUCGUCUUUAUUAGCAAGGCUUAAAAGAUGAACAGAUUAUCAAGAUUUCUGUAUCUUUUGUCUAGACUAUAUAUUUUGGCAGUGUAUGUGAAGAGGAGACCCAAUUUCCUAAUGAAGGAACUUUGCCUUUUCUCUGUCAUGUUGAAGAGCUGAUAAACUAUAUAGGUGAUAUUCUUUCCCUUCAAUCUGCCUUUCUUGGCGUUAUGAAUGUUGAAAUUGAUGAUAUCUUUUGAGGAACAUGUGUCAAGCAGGAACCUUGGCAUAGAUUUGGUUUCAGUGGUUUUAAGGCUUAACUAAUGAAAUGCCUUAAUCAGCUUUCCAAACUUUUUUUUAAUACAUGAAUACAGCAGACCAAGGAGCUGGAUCUCCUGCUGUACUCACAUGCCUGAUACCUAUCAAUUAAAGCUGUCAUCAAUGACUUGGUCAAAAUGGCAAAAGGUAAAAUAAAAUCCUCAUGUGAAUUAGUCAGUAGGGUCUGAUAUAUACUAACAAGUUUCCUGACUAGCACCUCAGUAUUCCAGCACCUUAUGCACCGAUAAAUUUUAAUCAGUCAACAAUAAAGUGAGUGUUCCAACUAGA